ACAAUCCUUUUCUUUUUCUCUCUUUAGUAUGGUGAUUGUGCACCCUACCAACGGGACCUACUUGUAUGUAGGUUUGGAGUUUGAUAUUGUGUCGGAUAUCAAAGCGUGCUUGAAUCUAGUAGAGACUACGGGUUUUGAUUUCUUUUUGAUUCCCUUGGCGAAGCCUAGACAAAGUUCCAAAAACGAAGAUAAUGGAGUCAUAUCGAAUAUACUCGAUUUUGAACCUAGCGUUUCUUCGGAUCUGGAACUCAGUGGAAAUACUUGGAACUCGGUUGUUUUAGGUAAUUUGAGUUGUUACAAGUUGAGCGAUGGAUUAGAUUUGCCUAGACUUGAAAAUUAUUUCCAUCAACAACUUUCAUGGGCACAGCACCUUAGUCUUCGGACAAGUUUUGUUGUCGUGGAUGGCCAAUUAACAGAAGAGCAACACAUUGCGUUAGCAAAUAUGGUGUGCAACGCGCUAUAUGAGUUUCCACGGGAAUCGAUAUGUAUUCGAGUGUGUAUCGAUGAUCAGUUGAAACUUUCCCAUUCAGAGAAUGAUAAGCAAAAAGAUUAUAUGGAUAGUUGGAAUAUUUGGAAUUUGUAUCGACAAUGCUGUCAUUAUCAUUCCAAUCUAAGUGUUGCGUUGGAAUGUAAAGAUAUUGUACAUCCAUCGCUAUCUUCAUCCUUUUUUCAACGAUGGCUCAGCGAACCUGUGCGCUAUGUCAUUUUAGACACCAAAGUAUUUUUAAAGAAUCGACAAGGUUAUCCUGUUCUUUCCAAAGCAUUUCAAGAAUGGUUGCAAAAAUUUUUUCCGUAUUCAGUGGAUAUUCUGAUUCGAGGGGAAGCAUUGCAUCCGAAUGGAUACUCAUCUUAUUUGCAAUAUCUUGGAUAUCUUUACACUAAGCAACCGACUGUUGAAGAGUCAUAUCGAUUAGAGAUGCCUUAUUUUGAUUAUUUACAGACUCCUUUACAGCCUUUGUCGGAUCAUUUGGAUAGUCAAACCUAUGAAAUCUUUGAAAAGGAUCCUGUCAAAUAUUGUAAAUAUGAAGAAGCGUUGAUACGAUGUUUUAAGGAUCGUCUUUCGCUGCAAGGUCGACGAGUCCCACUAGUAGUUAUGGUGUUGGGUGCUGGAAGAGGCCCAUUGGUGAAUGCAACUAUUCGUGCUUCUGAACAAGUUGGAAUAAUAGUUCGUAUCUAUGCCAUUGAAAAGAAUCCUCAUGCUGUAUGGACACUGAGAAGCAUUCACCAAAGGGAGCCCAGUUGGAAAAUAGUUGAGGUUUGUAUUUGUUUUGGUUUGAUUGAUGUUGUUAUUGUUAUCCUUUUUCAGAUUAUUGCCGAGGAUAUGAGAUAUUGGAAUGCACCAGAGCAAGCGGAUGUGAUAGUUUCAGAGUUACUAGGUAGUUUUGGUGACAAUGAGUUGAGUCCGGAAUGUUUAGAUGCAGCACAACGCUUUCUUCAACCGGAUGGCAUUAGCAUUCCCAGUGAAUAUACCAGUUAUUUAUGUCCCCUUUCCUCUCCCAAGUUAUAUCAAGAGAUUCGGUCAUUAUCUUAUCAUCAUAGAGAUGGAGGAAAUGUAUCCUCUUCUUUAGAGGUUCCUUAUGUUGUUCGUAUUCAUCAAGGCCAAUAUUUAGCAGAGUCUCAAUGCUGUUUUCGUUUUGAACAUCGUGGCAAUAAUUCUUCAUUUUUAUCCCAAAAGCCCUAUCAUCAUUUUCGAUAUCGACGUUUGUCUUUUGAAGUGAAUGGACCUAUCAUGCUUCAUGGAUUUGCAGGCUUUUUUGAAGCUCAAUUAUAUGACACUAUAUAUAUAUCGACUCAUCCUCGAACAUUGUCGCAUGGCAUGUUGAGUUGGUUUCCAUUCAUGUUUCCACUUUGUUAUCCAAUUUAUUGCGGUGAUAAAAGUUGUAGAAUCACAUUGCAUAUUUGGAGAAAGACAAUACCAGGGAAACGAAUAUGGUAUGAAUGGAUGAUAACGGAACCUGUCGUAACCAAGUUACAUAAUGUUCAUGGACGUUGUUAUUCGAUGAAAUGUUCUUGAAGAGAUGAAUAAAGGUAAUGGAAUAUGA